GCCAACAUGACCAAUGGGUUAUAUGUCCUUGACUUGGACAUGCCUGUNUCUGUACUACCAUGCAGGGACUGAAGCAGAGUAGACGGUUAGCUCGAGGCGAGAUUGAACUCCGAGUCGGCAAUGGUGCACCUGUUGCAGCUUUGGCAAUCGGAACUUAUAGUUUAGUCUUGCCUAGUGGUCUAAUGUUGGAAUUAAACGAUUGCUUGUACGUUCCUGCGAUUAGCAGAAACAUUAUUUCUGUUUCAUGUCUUGAUAAGAGUGGUUUCAUCAUUUCUAUUAAAGACAAGUCCCUUUCCGUUUACAGAAAGAAUGUUUUCUAUGCUAAUGCCAACAUGACCAAUGGGUUAUAUGUCCUUGACUUGGACAUGCAUGUCUAUAACAUAUCAGCCAAGAGGAACAAACCAAACGGUUUGAACCAAACAUACCUAUGGCAUUGUAGGUUAGGCCAUAUAAACGAGAAACGCAUAAACGAGUCAUUUGAUCUUGAAUCAUAUGACACAUGUGAAUCUUGUUUAUUGGAAUCAUUCUGGGGGUAUGCGCUGAGCACUGCAAUAUAUACUCUUAACCGAGUUCCAACCAAGGCUGUUGAAGGAACACCAUACCAGCUAUGGACGGGCAAAUGCCCAGUUCUAUCACACUUAAAGAUUUGGGGCUGUGAGGCUUACGUCAAACGUCUUAUGACGAAUGGCAAGCUUGACGCCAAGUCUGAUAAGUGUUUCUUCGUGGGAUACCCCAAGGAAACUCGAGGGUAUUCGUUCUAUCACCCUAUCGAUAAGAAGGUAUUCGUUGCUCGCAAUGGUGUCUUCCUCAAGAAGGAAUUUCUCUCCAACGCAACUAGUGGGAGAAAGAUAGAGCUCGAAGAAAUUCGAGACGACGAAGAAACUACCGCGCCAGUUCAGGAACAUGAGCUAGAGGAACAAACUAUUGUACCUCAAAAUGCUCAAGAUACACAAGAACCCCGUAGGUCUAACCGGUUACGCACACAACCUGAAAGGUAUGGAUUCCUCUUAACCUUUGAGGGAAACGAUAUUCCUACUUUAACCACCGUCAAAACGUGGUUGAGUAAGAGUUUCUCUAUGAAGGACUUGGGAGAUGCCAGUUAUGCACUUGGCAUAAGGAUCUAUAGGGAUAGAUCACGGAAGCUGUUAGGUCUCAGUCAAAGUACAUACAUAGACAAGGUCCUCGCUAGAUUCAGCAUGUCUGAAUCGAAACGAGGAAGUUUGCCUAUNCUCAUAGGAAACGAUAUUCCUACUUUAACCACCGUCAAAACGUGGUUGAGUAAGAGUUUCUCUAUGAAGGACUUGGGAGAUGCCAGUUAUGCACUUGGCAUAAGGAUCUAUAGGGAUAGAUCACGGAAGCUGUUAGGUCUCAGUCAAAGUACAUACAUAGACAAGGUCCUCGCUAGAUUCAGCAUGUCUGAAUCGAAACGAGGAAGUUUGCCUAUAGUCCAAGGCACGAGUCUUUCCAAGACUCAGGGUGCUUCCACUCCAGAGAGGAGGCACUUAUUACGCACUUCCUUGAUAAAGUGGCCGGUUGAUGAUAGGGACAAUCAACUGAUCUCCACUCUACCCAAUGAAGCAGAUGUUUACAAAGCUAUUAUGAGUCUUAACCCAGACAGUGCAGCUGGCCUGGAUGAAUUUAAUGGUUUUUUCUUUAGAACCUGCUGGAACAUUAUCAAGGUGGAUGUCUUACUUGCUUGUCAGGAAUUUUUCUUGGGAUUUCCAGUUCCCAAGUCUUUUGGUAGAACUUUCAUUACACUUAUACCUAAAAUUGAAGAUCCUAAAAGAUUUGGUGAUUACAGACCCAUAUCCCUAUCAUCCUUCAUGAGCAAAAUUAAUACCAAGAUUCUGGCAACAAGAUUGUCCACCCUUCUCCCAAAAUUCAUCUCAGAGGAGCAGGCAGGAUUUCAAAAAAAUAAGGGUGUUGAGGAACAGAUUCUGUUGGCUGAAGAGAUGGUUCAUAUGAUUGAUAAAGAGAGACUAGCCAUCCUCAUCCAGCAACACAAAGUAUCGUUUGCUUUCAUCAUUGAACCCAAAUCCUCCAUCAAGAAAAUCAUCAAGUUCCAACUAGAACUUGGAUUCACUAACUCCAUCAGCACUUCCAACAACAAAAUCUGGUUAAUGUGGAAGGACACCUGCUUCAACUACAUAAACCACUUUGAAACAGAUCAAAUCCUCACUGCUCACCUAACUUGCCACACUUCAAACCUGGAAAUCUUCAUCAGUGGCAUCUAUGAAAAACACACCAUUGAAGAAAGAAAAGAUUUUUGGGGUUCAAUCAUGGCUCACAGCAAAAACGAGACUCAGGCCUGGAUUCUUGGAGGGGAUUUCAACACCAUCACCUCUUUGGACCACUAUAAAGGCAAAAGCUCCCCCAAUCUGCAAGGUAUCCAAGAAUUUGAUCACUGCAUCAUGGAAAGUGGUCUCAUUUCUCCCCCAUUCUCAGGCAACCCCUUUACAUGGACUGUAAUCAGAUCCUUAGGCAGAGUCUGGAAAAGGCUAGACAGGGUUUUUGUUAACAAUACCUUUCUAGACAAUUUCCAAGAGAUUAACUCCAUGCAUAUUUCGAGGGGAACUUCAGAUCACUGUCCUAUUUUGGUAAAAGCUUCUAACCCCACUUUUAAUGGUCCAAGACCAUUCAGAUUCCUCAACUGCGGGCCAAAUCACCCUACCUUUAAAGCUCUCAUAAGCAGAAACUGGGGCAAAUACUCUGGAGGAGGCAUGAGGGGUCUUAUGAACAAAUUGUUCAAUCUUAGAAAGGAACUUCAUACUUGGAACAGGACAGUCUUUGGGAAUGUUUUCAGCAAAACAAAAGAACUUGAAUCCUCAGUGCUUGAAGCAGAACUUCUUUAUGAUGAAAAUCCCUCUACUGAAAAUAGAUCCCAUCUUCAUCAACAAAAAGCACUUCUUAUUCAAGCAACAAAUAAUGAGUUCUCUUACUGGAAGCAGAAAGCAAGCAUCAAAUGGAUUAGAGAAGGAGACUGUAACACCUCCUUUUUCAUUCUAUUGUUAAAGAAAGAAGGAUUUCUCAAAAGAUUCAUAAAAGCAGGUCUGGGGAUGGUCAGUGGAUUCAAGACAAGGAUGACUUGCUUAAAGAGGCCGGCCAACUUCUAUUUCCAGCAACUCUACUCUAAAAAGGACAGUGAAAAUACUGAGGAUUUCCUCUCACACAUCCCAAACCUCCUCACUAUUGAUGACAACAAUCUGCUUACCCAACUCCCUAAUGAGAAAGAAGUCAAAGAUGCCAUCUGGAAUCUGGACCCCCAAAGUGCUGCAGGCCCUGAUGGAUUCACUGGAGAAUUCUACAAAAGUUGCUGGGAUAUUAUCAAAGAAGAUGUGGUAAAAGUAGUUCAGGAAUUCUUUCUAGGAAUCCCUACUCCUAAAAGUUUAAAUGAAUGCUCCAUUAUCCUGAUCCCAAAGAAAGAUAAUCCCAUCACCUUUGAAGAUUUCAGGCCUAUUUGUCUUUCAAAUUUCAUAGCCAAAGUCAAUACUAAUGUUAUGUCUCAGAGAUUAAGAAACUUACUUCCUAAAUUAAUCUCUGAGGAACAGGGUGGCUUUGUCAAAGGAAGGCAGAUCCAUGACCAAAUUCUGAUUGCCCAGGAGAUCAUCCAGAACUUGGACUACAAGACAAGGGGAGGCAAUAUUGCCAUUAAGCUGGACAUGUCCAAAGCUUUUGAUAGGGUUUAUGCACAACAGAUACCCAGCAGGAACAAUGAAGACAAUGCGAACCACACACUCAAGGAUUGCAGAUUCAGUAAAAAUAUCUGGGCACACUUUGAAUCUAGUUUCAAGGUCACGACAACUACAACACAUGGAAUUUGCUCUUACCUGUCGCUCUGGUGGAGGAGCAAUAGUGUUGACCAGCAAAGUCAAGCAGAACGCAAGGUGAUUCCAGGCAUCAUAGCGCACGAAAUCUGGAAGGAGAGAAACAAAAGAACUUAUGACAACGAAUCAAGAACCGAAACCCAAAUCAUCCAUAUGAUCUGGAAAAAGUUGCUGGAAUGGACAAUUGUAAAAGGAAAGAGGAGAAUCAGCGUCACUCACUCGUCCAUCCCAUUCAUUUCAUUACCGGCAACUCACACCUUCCCCUGGACAAGCGCAAGGGAAGGGCUGAUACUUAGUACAGAUGUUGCGGUGAAAGAUGAUAUUAUGUGUGGCGGAGCAAUCCUACGCAUAGGCACAGGAAGAUUCAUUGGAGAAAAGUCAGCAAUAAUCCAAGGAACAGAAAACAGUGAAGAAGGAGAAUUGGCUUCUGCACUAAUGGGCCUCAAAUGGGCUGUUAGUAUCACAACACAACCCAUCAACAUCCACUUAGAUGCAAAAAAUGCGGUGAAACGAAUCACGGAGAAUAAACAGGAGGACCUUUUUAGUAACGAGAUUUAUCAGUUGCUGGCAAAAAAUAGAGGGUUACGCCGACCGCCGCUAUGGCGGUCCGGCGACCAUCUUCAAUACAUGACCACCCCUCUCCCUCAACCUCCCAAGAACCGCAGCUUCAACGACAUAGCUCUCAAAGGCGACUUCAAACCAGCGACAAAAUUCAAAGGGCAACCGGCCAUCUCCUUCUCAGAUGACGACAUCAACAAUUUGUCUGCUAGGUUUGUUCGCACAAUUGUGGGACGUUUCACCAAGGGCAGACCUUGCCUAAUUUCAAUCCGUAAGGCCUUUGAGCGAAUCGCUUUUGAAAAGAAUUUUACUGUAAGUUUGCUUGAUGAAACUCAUAUCUUAAUCAAUUUCGAAUCUGAGAACGAUUUUCUGAGAUGCUUGGUGCGAAAAUACUGGAAGAUUAAUGGUUUUGUUUUGAAAGUGUUUCGCUGGACUCAUGAUUUUGACCCUGCCAUUGAUUCCCCUCUAAUUCCGGUUUGGAUUAGUCUUGAAGGUCUUCCAAUUCAUCUCUUUGACUCUCUGGCUUUGUAUUCCAUUGCCAAUUUGAUUGGUAAACCUCUGAAAACAGAUGCUGCAACAGCAAGCCUGUCAAGGCCAUCUGUUGCUCGUAUCUGUGUCGAGGUUGAUACCAUCAAAGACCUGCCCAAUGGUGUCUGGAUCCAUCUUGGCCAACUUACAUUUCACCAACCAAUCAUUUAUGAAGAUCUUCCUGAAUAUUGCCCCUCCUGUAAAUCUUUUGGACAUAAAAAUUGCAAAAAGGCCACAACCUCUAGAUGGGUGGUGAAGGACACAACAGGGACUGCAAAUAUAGCACUUGCUGUAGCCGUUGGAACACACUUGGAACAAUCUGUCCAGGUUGAAACACACUUGGUACAAUCUGUCCCAAAAUCUGAUGCCAAUGGGUUGGAACAGAUAUUAGUUCCUGCAGCUGAAACCUCUGAAUCUGAAAACGAGGAACAAUCUGCUAUAGAUACAGCUACACAUAAGGCAAGUGUUGAAGCUUUGGCAACCACCAUUGAUAAGGGUAGGGAUGCUGAGGCUCCCGCGCCAACUGACAGUGCUGAAAACAAAGGUGUGUUGGUUGAGAUUGAACUCCAAGUUAUUGAGGAUGCUUUUCAGAACAACAAAAAUCCUCCUAACAAUGACCCUAAUUUCGGGGCUGAACAAAGCUGUGAGGCACACAAACUGUCCCCUAAGACAGAUUUGGAAGGCACACAAUAUGAAGAAGAAUUCCUGCCUCUCUGUAAAGAGUCUGUAACUGCUACGACGGAUGAUUUUCCAGCCCAAAAUCAAGGUAGUGAUGCACACACUCUUUCCCUCGAGAAAGAGAUGGAUGGCACACUAUCCCCUUCAAUGAAUGGAGAUGAGAUUUCUGAUCCUACACAUACCACAAAUAUUCCCCCAUCUAUAACUAACUAUGCAGGUUAUGACUCAAUUACUAUUGGACCAAUUCUUCAGUCUUUUGAGGUGGAUGGCGAACAUUAUGAAAUUAAGUCCUACGUUGAAGAAGCGGAGACAAGUAAUCAAAGGGAGGAGCCUAACUUCCAAGAUGUCCAGAGCAGACGCAGCAAAAAAGCGGGGAAGAGGGGAACUACACCAAGGACGAUUAAAACCAGAAGCUACGAUCCAAACCUUGAAGUUGGAACGGUGAGCGAGAUCACUAGAUAUUGGCCUAGCCGCAAAUCAACUACAAUGGAGAAAAUUGUCACUACCGAAAGUUACUCUGGGCCCUUUUGGUACGUUGGACCCGUCGGCCCAAUUGGGGCAGAUGGGAAAAGGCCAAAGAAAAUAAGGCCCAAAAACCUCGCUUUGGAUCAGCACCCGGAGCUAAAAGGUUCCUUAUUCACUUGGUCAGGAGUUAGAAGUCAGGGCAGGACCUGGCGCAGAGUUGAUAGAGUCCUACUCAAUCUGGACACCAUGGCUUCUUUUGAGGAUCUGGCCCUCACUCACUUGCCUAGAGCCAACUCUGAUCAUAAACCCUUACUGCUUUCCUGCCUGGACACACCCCCUUCUGGUGCAAAACCAUUCAAAUUUCUUAACGCCUGGAUGCAGCAUGAUUCCUUCCUAGCCACUGUCCAAGCUUCUUGGAGCAGCACUCCCACUAUUGGAGGUAUGAGAGGUCUGGUUUUAAAACUGAAAACCCUUAAACUGGCUCUUAAGGAUUGGAACUCGUCCCAUUUUGGAAAUAUCUUCCUUAAACUCAAAGAAGCAGAGGAAAUUGCAUCCAAAGCCCAAGAAACCUAUGAGCUAGACCCUUCUGACCUCAACUGUGAAGGGGCCCAACUUGCAAAUGCUCAACUUAUUCAAGCCGUCAACAGAGAAGUGUCUUAUUGGAAACAAAAAGCAAAUGUAAAAUGGCUGGAGAAGGGAGACACCAAUUCUAAAGUCUUUCAAGCUUUUGUUGGGGGGAAGAGACAAAGGCUGAAUAUCAAUCAUAUCAUUUCUACCGAGGGAAGAGGUCUUUCUUCUGAAGAUGAUAUCAAACAAGAAGCCAUCUCUCACUUCCAAAAGGCUUUUAAAUCCACUCCCUGUGGUAAUAUGGAGCCUAUUCUCUCUACUAUACCUGUAGUCAUCACACAAGAAGACAAUGCUUUCCUAACUUCCAUUCCGUGUAUGGAGGAGGUUAGGAAUAGGGUUUGGAGUCUAGAUGGAGACAGUGCAAGUGGUCCAGAUGGGUACAAUGGCAACUUCUUCAAAACUUUCUGGUCCAUCAUUAGACAUGAUAUCCUCUUGGCAUCUCAGGAGUUUUUCCUUGGGCUCCCUAUUCCUAAAGGUUAUGGCAGUACCUUUAUCUCUCUUAUCCCCAAGAAGGACAACCUUAAAACCUUUGAUGAUUUCAGGCCCAUAUCUCUCUCAACGUUCAUGAGUAAAAUUAACACCAAACUUCUUGCAAAUAGGCUUAAAACGUUGUUUCCAAAAAUCAUCUCUGAAGAGCAGGCAGCUUUUCAAAAAGGAAAAUCUUGUGAUGAUCACAUCCUUCUGGCAAAGGAAGCGAUCCAUCACCUGGACAAAAAGACUUUUGGGGGGAAUGUCAUAAUCAAGAUGGUGAGUCACCUCAUCUAUGCAGAUGAUCUCAUCAUCUUUUCAAAAGGAGACAUUAGAAAUUUGCUGAAAAUCAAAGCCAUUCUAAGGGAAUACUUCACAGCCUCUGGACAGGAUAUGAACAACAACAAGAGCAGAUUUUACACCAGUUCACACACAAACCCUGUCCAGAUUCAUAAAAUGGAGGAGGCUUUAAAUAUCAAGGCUGGCAAAUUACCCUUCUCCUACUUGGGGGCAACCCUGUGCAAAGGGAUACUCAGAAAAGAACACUGCAGCAAAAUUGUGGACCACUUCCAAAAGCAUUUAACUUCUUGGUACAGCAAAACCAUCAACCAAAUGGGCAGACUCGUCUUGAUUAAACAUGUCCUCUCUUCCAUUCCUUUACACCACCUGGCAGUUCACCUUCUACCUUCGUCAAUCACUUCUCACCUCAACUCCCUUAUGAGAGUAAUUACUUCUGGCGAAGCAAAAUGGGUAACCCAAUUAUCACUGGAAAAGCUGGAGUUUCUUGUGUCAACCUAAACAUGCAGGUGGGCUAGGUAUCAGGGAUCUGGAGACCAUUCAAAAGGCCUACUCUCUCAAACUCUGGUGGAAAAUUCACACAGACAGUGGGCUUUGGGCCACUUUUAUGAGGAACAAAUAUCUUGCAGGCAA